UUGUCUCUAUGUCUUCCAGAAAGAAGAUACUUACAGGACUUAAAGUGUGUCCACUUUCCGGACGAUGUCGGAAAUGGUCCGAAUAAGAAAGUUGGGAAAGAGACAUCAUCGCUUUCAUCAGUUUCGUCCGCCAGGAGCUGGGAAAAGUGUGGAGACAGCUUUCUAGACACUCCAGUGAUUAAGAACCUCCAGACAUCAGGGAGAAAGCUGUCAGCUGUAAGGAAGCUGACUCAGUCUCCUUCGUUUGGGCAGAGAAGUGCUUCUUGCAAUAAUGAAGACCCAGUGCAAAUUGCAUGGAGCUCAAGUGACUCUGAACAGUCUGAGAAUGAAAUCGAGCAGCAUCAGUCCAGAGCUGUUUGUAAGCAGCAAGAGGGGCCUCAGAGAUCAAGGAAACCCAUUGCACACGCUCAGUCUUACAGCAGCAUGCUGCGCUUGCUUACCACUGAUAAAGAUGACCACCCUGUUAUAGACACAGACAGUGAUCUGUCUGAUCCGGGGGAAGACAUCGAAAAGGACAGCGGGCAACAAAUCUCAGACUGUGAGUCUACUGAGGACAAACCCAGAGACAGUCCCCUUAAAACUACUAAUAUGAAAGAGCUGGAGAUCUCAGGUUAUGCGUCUGAUGGAGAGAAUAUUGACAGCACAUUAAGCUCAAGCAAACUGGACUCACAGAUCUUCCCUCCCCGAACCGGUGAGGGCAGCAAAAGAUCGGUCAGUGAGUGGCUGAGGUCUGCUCAGGCCAUGCUGCAGACACCUCAAAAACUGAUUGACAGGAAGCCCAAGUCCCCAGAAGAUUCGGCCAAGAAAAAAAGAAAGUUUCAAAGUGGAGGUCUGGCAGAGAGGCUCAGCCGGCUCCAGUGCAGGCAGAGGUCAGCUAUCAGUUUCUGGAGGCACGAGUCCUUCUCUGACACCCCAGCUGCAACAACCACAACAGUGGAUAGGCCCGGCGUUCUGGUGCUGAAACUGCUGGAGGUCCACGAGGAGUGCGGCAUGCAACUGGCACGCUGUGCGCACCAUCAACCCCCUGGAGACGCUCACCAGCAGGCUGUCUCCGAGGACAGGGCUCGUGUGUUGGUAUUAUUCAGCAGAGAGACGGCGGCCCAGCUGAUUCCCGCACCCAGAGAUAUCAUCCACAUAUACCCACCAUGGCAGAGUCUUUCCAUGGAGGGCUUCAGCUGUCCUGUUAUUCUGAACACGCACUUCAGCCAGAAGGUCUCAACUGUUUCGAAAGCAGCCACAUCCUGUCCGAGGCUUCCUCCCUGUGCAGAGAGGCACAUGCAGUCUUAUUUGGGUAAAACGUUUGGACUGCUGGAGAAAUGCAUCAACGAAGGCGACGGUAACACCAGACAGGUUGCCACUUCUGAUGCUCUGCGAAGCUUUGGAGGAUCAGGCAUUUUGACGAGACACUGCACCUCCCUCCUGGAAGCUAUUGAAGGCCUUGGCCAGGCUGGCUCGGUGGAGCAGGAUGUGAAAGUAAUAGUUCAGAGGGUUUACUCCAUCCCUUUGGCGGACUGCUCUCCCGUGUCCAUCCUCAAACAUAGAAUCCCUCUUGGCUCCUCCACAUCACCUCCUCCUGCAGAGAAAAGGAAAACCAGGUUGUGUGUGCUUGUCCAGGAUGGCUAUGGGAUGUUCAGCGUGGUGCAGCUCCACACCCUCGCUCACAGCGACGAGCUCCACCAGUUCUGCCAGAUGUGGCAGGGGAGGACCUGCCUGCUCAAAGGCAUUAAAGUGGUGCAGAGGGUCACUCGAGAGAGGCGCUCCAGGCUUUUCAGCCUGAUAGACAGCCUGUGGCCCCCAGCAGAGCCUCUUCAAGUUCACGGAAACUCACUUAGUAUUCCUGUUGAAAGCAAACCUCCGGGUCUGGCUCCGGGUUUCUGCUACCUGCUGUCCGGUCAGCAGAGCUCCGUUGAGCCUGCUGAGGGUCAGAUUCUGUCCCCGCUCUACCUUCAGCCAACAAAGCGAACUCUACGGGACAUACUGCAGAGCGAGACAGAGGGGCUCCGCUGCAGCUUCGUGGCUGCUGUUUUAUACACAAGAAUGCAGAGCUCUGAUGUAGGCCGUGGCGAGGUGUGGUUGGUGCUGACAGACUCUAGCCUUCAGCAGGAGCAGCCAGAGAGGCCAUGCAGGCAGACGGUGGCUCUGUGCGUGAACGCUUCCUGUGUGCUCACAUCUACCGUCCUCGAAGCACUGAAUUCCCCCACCGUCUGUCACAUGUCAUUCAGAGAUGCCAUCAGAGAAAACGGUGUCCUGCUCUGCGUGGAGCAGUCCGUUAUUCAGGUUUGCUCUGCCGAGCCUGAGGGAAGUAUCGGUUCCCGAGCCCAGCCCGCCUCCCUUUCACCGUCUCUGUCUGAGCCCCAGGUGAAGACCCUGCCUCAGCAUGUGAGGCUGGAUCCCCUGAGUCUGGAGACCACGCCCAACUCUCUCUGCACAGUCACAGGGGUUAUAGUUGGUGUGGAUGAGAACACUGCAUAUUCCUGGCCCACGUGUAAUCUCUGUGGAAGUGACAACUUAAAGCUCUCUCCUGAAAGAUGUCGGAUCUUUCACUGCGACUCCUGCAAAGCGGUGGUGGACAAGCCCGACACAAAGGUCCAGCUGGAAGUCUUCCUCCAGUGCUCCUUGUUAAGUGACUGCACCGUGAAGGUUAAGCUGCAGCAGAAGACAAUCAUGUCUGUACUGAGCGCCACAGCUCUGGAAGGUGAUGAGGGUUAUGAUGUGGAGAAUGUCCUGGGAAAAGAGGUGGGUCCCAUCACUGUGUACACCCGAGUCGUCACCAGGAAGCCUGCCCUCUGGAUGGGCCUGGAAGAGAUAUGCCUGUGA